AUGCCAUCUUUAUACACUGCAGUAUACAGCCAUAGGAACGAUCUGCUCUACGAGUCCGAGACAGAGGGAAUAAACAGAAUGCUCGUGCACUCAGCUGUGGAGAUAAUGGACUAUGGAACGAGGGGUGCAAAGAAGGAUCUAUUUAUCAAAAUAGUAGAGUACAAUGGAAGAAAGGUAAGCGGGGUACUUCUGGAGAACGGAUACAAGGUCAUGUGUGUUUUUGCAAGCGAGGAGAAUGAAGUGCAGGAGAUACAAGAAGCAGCAAGCAUGUUUAGACAGAAGGUUUUACAGGGAGAAUUUAAUCGAUUUGAAUUUUAA